AUGGACUCUGGAGGUGCAAAUACAUUUGUGGUAGAACCUAAAGAUGAAGAAAAAUUUUAUCCAUCAAAAGUGAGAAAAUUAAUCCAAGAAAUCAUGGAUGAUAAAUUAAAAACCGAAACUUAUGAUGCUAACAACACUCCUAAUUUAGCAGAAGAAUUAGUAAAAAGAAUAAGAAGUAAAGUUAGAGAAACUAUAAAAAUGCCAAGAUUUAAAAUUGCAGUUUAGGUUGUAAUAGGUGAAGUCAAGGGAUAGGGAUGCAAAGUAACUUCAAAAAAUCUAUGGGAUCCAACUUGGGACAAUUAUGCAUCAUACGCAUUUUAAAAUGAAAGUAUUUACGGUGUAGCAAUCGUAUUUGGAGUCUAUUAUGAAUGA